AUCCCACAUCCGAUUACAUCGCAAAAUUUUCGAAUUUAGGAAUCAUUGGAACAAUCGCAGAAAUGACUGCCUAUAAAUUCUUCCUCACUGUGAUCAGCUUACUAGCCUACAUCUCUCUGUGCCGAGGACAGCGGUGCUUUCCUAAGGGGAAAACGUCCCAGAUAGCUUGUUUUGAGGCCUGGGCAAAUAUUAACACUACAGAUGAUAACACAAUUCUUGCGGGUGAAACAAAAGUCUAUUCUUCCUCUAAAUCUUGCCUUGUUGAAGUCAUCUCCAAAAAUACAGGUCCAACACAAAGGUCUGACAUGUAUGAUGCCAUGGUAGAGGUUGAAAAUAAAUGUAGCCCAGCUAUGGUUGGAACCCUCUCAUAUCCACACUUUGAUAUCUCUCUCACUCAAGUUCUGCCUAAUACACCUAUAUUUGGUAGAAACAUAAAACUUGAUCAACCUUCCUGCAACAUCAAAAGUCCAUUUUCAUCAGGAAAGAUCUCACCCCCUGAUUGUUCAAAAGCCAUUGAUACCAUUCAGAUAAACAGCAAAAGCCCUCAAAAGAUUCUAUCUCAAUCAAAAGGAGAGAUCCGUGCUUCAUUCAAAACAUGUUUUGUUUUUAUCAAAUCAUCCAAUCAAUUAGACAUUACCAUGAAUCAUGAUCAAUUGAAAAAGAUGAGCUCACUAAUAACAGGCAAAUGUAAGGAACAGACUGGUAGUGUGGUAAAGCAAUUCGGCUCCUUUGGACUGAAUUCAAGAACAGAAAUGCAGAUUUAUUUCCACGGAAAACCUGUUUGAGCUGUUUUGGCUCAACAUUCAACAAAAACA